AUGUCCCCCGUGCACAGCGCGGCUUCAACUCCUCCAUUGGCAAACCAGACAUCCGCAAUGACCUCGUACGCGACCCCCUAUUCGCUCUCAAACUCGGGCUACGCUGCCCAAGCUGCCCCCUUUCCCCGACGCGCAGAGCAUUCGUUCCCGCAGUAUCAAAUGCAUAAUCAGGCCCAGAUGCAUAACCCCUAUGUAUAUGGUAGCCCACAACAUCCGCAACCACCCCCGCCACCAGCUGCCCAGCGAUCCCGCGGUCCACCCCUCCCGACUGCGUCGAUUGUCCACCCUAUCCAGACCGACCUCUCCUCGACAUCUGGUCCCGAUACACCGCUCUCUGGUGCUGCCGGUGCCGCUCGCAAGAGGCCAAAGUACACCAGGUCUAAAAAGGGAUGCCUCACUUGUCGAUCCAAAAAGAUCAAGUGCGACGAGCGCAAGCCCAUCUGUACUCGCUGUGAACACGGCCAUCGAGAGUGCACAUGGCCCGAGGCAGUCCUCCCACGUCGCCCCAAAGGGGCAGUCAGAGGUGUAGGGAACGAAGACGACGAAAACGAAGAAGACGACGACCAGCGCAGAAUGUCCAUCCCCGGGUCCGCCGUGUCGACUGGAUUCCCUCCUUCGUCUACCACUUCGUCCCAUUUCCCCGGUCUGGGUUCCAGCUCACCCUUUGAGCCUGCCCCGGGACGCCGAGACGUCUUCGAUUCAGACGUCUAUCCGGUGGGAUCCCAGUUUUCAAUGCCCGCCAUCCCUGCCACCGCGCGUUCAUUCUAUCCCCGAGCGCCAGCAGGCGAGUUUUAUCCUCUCCCGACGCUCAAUGGUCAACCUAUGGAGGAUUACGAGUUUCCACCGCGGCAGGCUUUCCCAACUGGUUCGGCACCUGCACGCAGUGGCUAUCCAAACAACGGGUCGCUCUUCCCCGCCGGUCCCAACGUGUCUUCGUACAAUAACGACCUUCGACGUGCGAGUUGGGACUCGAGUGCACCGACAGAUGGCCGAAGACCGAGCUGGGAUGCGCACGCCUCAUCAGUCUCUUCUCCCGCCAGUUCAUCCCUCGGCCUAGCCAGAGGUGGCGCAGGAAGUGGCAGUGGCCAUGGUAGCGUGGCUGCAGGAAGCAGCUCUGGAAAUACCGCAUCAGGCGGUGGCGCCGUUGUCGUCGGUGGCCCAGGUGCAGGCGGAGCAGCUCCAGGCGGGUUGAUGCUCCUUCACUCACCCGACCCACUCUCCCCAUUCUUCCGAUCGGUACAAGAACGUAAUUUGGUGGGCAACCUUUCUUCUUUUGCUCCCCCUGCCAUCCCUAGCCUUCCGCUCUCCCUGUCACCUCCUUCCUAUUCGUCCUUUUCUCCCUCGUCCUCGUCCGUUGCUCCCUCUCUCUCCUACUCGACCUCGGAUGCUGUUGCCGCCACCUUGCAAGGAGAGCAUCUCGCCUCGUCGCCCGUCCUCAGCAGUGCAUCGAGCGCAGACUUUGGCAUGACCGAAACAGGGAUCCCAUACCGCAAGAGCUCCUUUCCUCAUUUGUUCUCGCCAUUAACCAUGGAUAUGGCUCCUGUGGCCCCCGUUUCUGUUCAAGGUGUCGAUCUCCAUGCUCCCUCUGUCGACCUGCUUGCACUCGCAACGACGACACCCACUGCAGCAGAAGGAGGCGCAGGCGUUGCUGAAUGGCUCACUGCGCCCAGCGCCCCCACCAAGGGCGUACUCGACUUGUACAGACCUUUGCCCCUACUCGACCAGGACGAGUAUGUGUCAUGGAACGCAUGUGCAUAA